AUGCCGACUCUCAGCGACGCCCAUCAGCUUCUCCAGCUUGCGGACCUCACGAAGGACAGUAUCCACCGCAUCAUUGGCGAGUGGGCCAAGCUCCCUACUUCGGCUCCGGGUACGCAGGGUAAAGGCAGCAGCCCGGGAGGAGACAGCGAAGCCAAUCUGCCCAGCCGCGCGCUGUUCGAGGCGCAGCGUACUCUGCUAGCCACAACGGGAAAGCUAGUCGAGUUAAUCUCAUCUCCUAGCAGUCGACUCCUGGAAGUGUCCUCACAAUACAAUGAAGCGAGAUGCUUGCACAUUGCCGCAGUGCUCCGGAUUCCGGACCUGUUGGCGGACCACGGAGGCGAGGGUGUGCCAAUAGAGCGCCUCGCGGAGAAGGUGGGAAUUGAGACCAGGAAGCUCGGUCGUAUUAUGCGCUGUCUCUGCUCAAUUCACAUCUUCCGAGAGAUAGACGGUGGGGUCUUUGCCAACAACGCCAUCUCGGCUGGUUUGGUUGAUAACGAGCCGUUGAGGGCCUAUAUAGCCAUGUUUGCUUCUGACGCCCUGCCUCGUGCUCUCCUGGACCCCGAGAUUGGGUCUUCGUACUCGGUCAAGGAAACUCCCUGGCAAAAGGCUGUGGGCACCACCAAGGAACGGUGGACUUGGCUCGAAGAGGGCGUGACCGCCACUGAGCUCAGAAAUGGCGGUUCAGGAACCUCUGCGUCUUAUCCUGGACCCUUUGGUCCGGAGGUUACAGCUGCACUCCAGGGCAAAAAUGACGUGGACUCGUUCCGUCGCCCGGAGCUUGAUAUCUUUGGUCUCGCCAUGCUUGGUGGUGGGCACUUUCCUUGGGCAUCACUGGGCAAGGCACAGGUGGUCGAUGUCGGCGGUGGAGUUGGUGGAUUUUGCCUUCAGCUGUCGAAGAUUUAUCCCGACCUCAGCUUUAUCGUGCAGGACCGCGCGCCGGCACUCGCUCAAGCCCAACGGGAGAUCUGGCCACGGGAGAACCCUGAAGCGCUCAGCACUGGCCGCGUGAGGUUCCUCGAGCAUAACUUCUUCAAUGUCAACCCUGUUGUUGGUGCGGAUGUCUACUGGCUCCGGUAUAUCUUGCAUGACUGGUCGGACGACUACUGCGUCCAGAUCCUCUCGGCUAUUAAAGCAGCCAUGAAGCCUCAUUCCCGUAUCCUCAUCUGUGACCAGGUCAUGAAUACCACGGCUGGCUUUCCAGAGCGGAUUGCCUCGGCGCCAGAACCUCUUCCGGCCAACUACGGAUAUUUCACUCGGUACAGCCACCAGCGAGACAUUGCCAUGAUGAGCAUCAUCAAUGGGAUCGAGAGAACGCCGGCUGAGUUCCAGGACAUUAUUGAGCGGUCUGGGCUGGUGAUGAGCCGGAUCUAUGAUUGCCGCAGUCAGGUUUCGUUGGUGGAGUGUGUUCUGCCUGACGGGACGGAGACCGCACUGAAUGGCCACCACUAG